AUGGCUCCCAAUCAACACUCUACUACUACAGAUCGCAUUACUGAAUCGAAAGUUUUGUCUGCAGAAACCAUUUCUAUUCUCAAAACGACCGCUCCGGUUGUCAAGGUGCACGGUAAUGAGAUCACCUCCACCAUGUACAAAAUUAUGUUUUCAGAGUUUCCAGAGGUUCAAAACCUUUUCAACAUGUCGCAUCAUCGCGUGGCUGGUGCCACGAAAGGAGGGGCUCCUUCUGGUGUAUCUCGUCAGGCUGCAACACUCGCCAAUGCAGUUAUCGGCUUUGCUGCAAAUUGUGAUCAACUCGAUAAUCUCGGCGAUGCUGUUCCACGCAUGGUACACAAACAUGUGAGCCUCGAUAUUCGAGCAAAACAUUAUCCGAUUGUCGGUGGCUGCCUACUUCGUGCCAUCAAACAGGUUCUUGGAAAUGCUGCUACAGAUGAAAUUAUGGAUGCGUGGAAAGAAGCAUACUGGUUUCUUGCCCACCUCCUCAUUCAAGCAGAGGAUCAGAUGCGUGACGAAUUUGAAGGCAUGCCUGGUGGUUGGGUUGGAUAUCGCGAGCUGCGCGUAGCUCGCAAAGUGAAAGAGAGUACUGAAGUCACUUCGUUUUAUCUCGAAAGCACUGACCCAUCUAAAGGUCUUAUGAAUUUCAAACCGGGUCAGUUUCUGUCGCUCAAAUUCGACCAACUUCAAAGUGAUCGCUCGAUUGUACGCAAUUACAGUUUGUCUUCUGCACCCGGACAAAAGUUUUAUCGCAUUUCUGUUAAGAAAGAGUCGGGUACGAGUGACAUUCCGGCUGGAAUUGUCUCGAGCUAUUUGCACGAUCAUGUUACAAUUGGCAGCAUUCUUCAUGUAGGUCCACCAUGUGGUCAUUUCCAAUUGGAACCGUCCACCAAGCCAAUUGUGUUUAUCAGUGGUGGCGUGGGUACCACCCCUUUACUGAGUAUGCUCGAAUCUCUUCUAGCUUCAUCACCGAAGAAGAAAUCAAAAAAAUCUAUUCGAUUCGUUCAAUAUGCUCGCAACCCCAAUGUUGUCGCCUUUCGCAAGCAUAUUGAAAAAAUAACCAAGAAGAAUGAAUCCGUCACCGCGCACACAGUCUACGGAAGUUUUGAUCUUAAACAAUUCGAGACAUUCCUACCAUCAAGAGAUUGCGAAUUCUACUUUUGUGGUCCUGCUGGGUUCAUGACGACUGUAUAUAAAGCGCUUAGCAACAAAUGGGGAAUUCCUACAUCUCAGCUACACUACGAGUAUUUUGGCCCGACACAAGACAUUAGUGCCGAAACAUCAAUACGGCGACCGUCGUCGUCAUGCCCGUUUGCGAUGUUCGACUCUCACACUCAGGAAAUGAGUUUUAAUUGCAAGAACUUUCGGUCGCGCUUAGUGGUCGCUGCAAUGGUUGCAACGACAGCUGUCCUGCUAACAACAAUCUUACGACUUAGAAAAUAA